CACCUACUAGCAAAUCAAACCUUUGUGAUCAGCCAAAUUUCCAGGAAUUUCAAAUGGAGCAAAACAUUCCGCGCCCAGGGCCUGUUAACCGUUCACUGCUCACGUUGCCACUGCGUGCCCAUCGUGCGGACCGUAUAUGGUAUGAACCAAAUUCCAAAGACUCGUGCUUGAAAUGCGUCAGUUGCUCUUCAGCUGCAUUCGGAGUUGAAGAGCGAGAUCCAAGAGUGAUAGGUAUGUUAGCAUAUGCUGGCUUCUUGGGGGUAGAGCACAUUGCCCGUAUGAAGGUGGAUCAUAGUUUAAUAUGCGCUUUGGUGGAGAGAUGGAGGCCGGAGACACAUACUUUCCAUCUUCCAUUCGGUGAGGUCGGCAUUAGUCUACAAGAUGUGGCGAUGAUCCUUGGUUUGUCCAUUCGGGGUAUGCCCCUCAGUGGUCCAACCGUUAAGGAUAAGAGGCUCAGUGGAUUGACCUGUGCACGCAGUCGUGUGGUUUCACUCCUCUAGAGACUGAUAUGCGCACAAGUGAUAUCACCAUGAGUGCUCUUACCCGUCACCAGAUCCUACCUGACAGUACAGACGAAGAGGUCACCGAAGACACCAGAACCCUAAUAUGGCAAUUGCUUGGAGGCCUUUUGUUCCCUGACACGAGUGGGACACGAAUACGAUUAUACUUUUUGGAGGUCUUGCAGGGUGACUUGGCUUUAGCCUGUCGAUGGAGUUGGGGAUCAGCGGUUCUCGGGUACCUCUACCAUAACUUGUGCAACAACGCCAAGUGGGAAACCAAACAAGUUGGCGGUUGUAUGCACUUGUUACAGAUUUGGGCUUGGUCGAGGAUUUCGAUGGUCCGUCCCUCAGUAGUUCAGGUCAUUCAACAUGACCAUCUUCCAUAUGGGUGCGGGUAUAUUGGCAAUUACAUCUUAAUAAUUGAGAAUGCGUUAUAUGACGUUAGAUUUUUUAAAUUCAUUUCGGUAAUAAAUAAAUGUAGGUGGAUCGUCCCCAAGUCAUAUAAGGGAUCCCCAAGACACUGCAUACGCCUGUACCGGGAUGACCUAGACCGCAUGAGUGAGAGUCAGGUAGGACUUGAAAUUUUUACAUCCACCGUAGUAGGUUGCUUCUUUGACCUCCAGGAAAUUAAAUUGGGCCCCAGAAAAAUAGCAUAACCGGUGGUGGACCUGCUGCUAUCCGGACAACCAGCCCAAUCCGCAUCGGAGUAAGCAAUAAUAAGAGAGAUAUCACGGUUGGACUGGAGCCAUAACCCAUAGUCCAUAGUGCCUUGUAAAUACCUGUAAAUACGCUUCACUGCCAAAAGGUGAGUAGUACGAGGUGCAUGCAUAAACUGGGAAACUAAGUGUACAACAUAAGUAAUAUCUGGUCUAGUUAAAAUUAAGUACUGUAAAGCACCUACCAUACUGCGAUACUCAGUCGCAUCAGUAAGAAGUUCCCGAUCUGUAAGAGAGAGUGUAGUACGGGAAGGAAGAGGAGUACGAACAGGCUUAAUAGUAUGAAGGUGAAAGCGACGUAAUAAAUCAUAUAUGUACUUAUGCUGAGAGAUAAAAAGACCUUUGGGCGUGCGCUUGGUCUGAAGACCCAGGAAAAAAUGAAUAUCCCCUAAAUCCUUCAUGGCAAACUGAGUAGAAACAGAGUGAAUAAUGGACCGAAUGAGAUCAACAGAGG